UGACGGCGCGACGGCUGGCAUCAAGUCUGGCGCUCUUUUCAAGUCGACAUAAGCGCUCUGUUUUGAUUUCCCCGUUGACUAAUUGCGUAUAUGAGUCAAACUGUUAAACAUUCGAUUUUCUUGUUUUCUGUGGUUUAUUUCUUAUGAUUGAACAGUAGACUGCUUUUGAACAAUGGCACAAAGAUCUAUCUUAUCUUUUUUCAAUAAGGCACCCACAAAAAAUGAAGUAGAAAAAGAAAUCAGUAUCGAGGAUAUUAACAACACGUCCAGUUAAAUAUGAUUCGAAGCAGUAUUUAUGUUCGCGUGGCAUUGCGCAAUAUCUCGAAAGAAGCAUUAAUUCGUGCUCAGCGGUCAGAGCAUCUGCUCUUAAAUGCGGCCACCUGUAGCCACCUACCGUUGACAAACGUUUCUGUUAAAAAUAAUUAUUUAUUUUCUAUUGUUCGUUCACUUGCCACGACCAGUGACCGCAACGGGAGAGAGAAGUCAAUCGGUGCCGCUAGCAACGAGGAUAGCCCCGUGAAAAAGCAUGUUCGUCAGUCAAAUUCUUCCCCUUCACCAUCGCCACAGAAAGUGGCUACUGCCAGCAGUAAAAAUUCAAAACGACCCCGCAUUGCAUCAUCAAGUAGUGAAGAUGAGGCACCUCCACCGGAGCCGAAAGUGUCACCUGAAAAACUAACGAAAUCUAUCAAAAAAGAGGAAACUGCUAAACAAUCCUUCAAAAGUCCACCUAAGGCAAAAAAGCUUGCUAAUAAAGAUAAAACGUCCAAACCGAACAAGACCUCGCCUAAGCAAAAACCUGUUGUGAAAAAAGAAAAUGCAGCAUCGGCUAGCGAAAACCAGUCGACAGGUGAAAAUGAUGACGUAGACAUGAAGGAGGUGAAAACAGAGACGGAAUCGCCCAAAAAAGUGAAAGAAGAGACGGAAUCACCCAAAAAAGUUAAAACCUCUGAGGAGACAAAGGAUAAAGCUGCCAAUGUAAUGAGUUUCUUUACCAGUGGCAAAAAAGAAUCCACUGCUGGUAAUUCUAAGACGGAAGUCGGUACUGAUUACAAUCCAGGGAAGAAAAACUAUCAUCCAAUCAACGAUGCAUUUUGGAAGAAGGGAGAAAAGAUACCCUAUCUGGCUUUGGCCCGAACUUUCGAAAUUAUCGAAGGAACUAGCGGACGCUUGAAAAUGACGGAGUUUCUAAGUAAUUACUUCCGAUCGGUUAUCGUACUGAGUCCUCAAGAUUUACUAGCCAGUGUGUAUUUAAGUUUAAACCAGCUGGCUCCUGCUUACGAAGGCGUUGAAUUAGGAAUUGCCGAACAUACACUGAUGAAGGCAAUCGCCCAGAGCACAGGACGAAGUUUGGCUCAAAUUAAAGCUGAUGCGCAAAGUACAGGAGAUUUGGGUCUGGUUGCGGAGCAAUCUAAAAGUAGCCAACGCGUUAUGUUCCGACCGGCACCGCAUACCGUAGGCGGAGUUUUCAGUAAAUUACAAGAAAUUGCUAAAAUGACGGGAACAGCUUCUAUGGCGAAGAAAAUGGAUAAAAUCCAAUCGAUGUUCGUUGCUUGUCGUCACUCGGAAGCGCGUUUCAUUAUCCGAUCGUUGGCUGGUAAACUUCGAAUUGGUUUGGCGGAGCAAUCCCUUCUUCAAGCAUUGGCCCAGGCAUGUGCAAUGACGCCACCCAAUCAGGACAGCAAGGAACCAGUUGUUAAUGCACUUUCAAAGUGCAGUGAAGCAACGGCUAAAUCCAAGGUGGAUGAAAUUGCGCUUAUUCUGAAAACUGUGUACUGUCAAUGUCCUAACUACAAUCAAAUUAUACCUGUUCUGUUGGAACACGGCACAGAUCGGCUGCUGGAGAAAUGUCCCAUGGUUCCAGGAACCCCGCUUAAACCUAUGUUGGCUCAUCCGACCAAGGGUGUGCAAGAGGUGUUGGAACGCUUCGACGGAAUUGAUUUCACCUGCGAGUGGAAGUACGACGGUGAACGAGCUCAAAUUCAUUUGCUCGAGGACGGUGGGGUCAAUAUCUAUAGCCGAAAUCAGGAGAACAAUACCAGUAAAUAUCCGGAUAUUAUCGCGCGCCUCGAUCUCACCCGAACCGAAUCGGUCCGGUCUGCUAUACUGGAUUGCGAAGCUGUAGCCUGGGAUCCUGAGAAGCAGCAGAUUUUGCCCUUCCAGGUUUUGAGUACCCGAAAACGAAAAGAUGCCAACGAGGCGGACAUUAAAGUACAAGUGUGCGUAUUUAUGUUUGAUCUGCUAUACUUGAACGGAAAUCCGCUGGUUCAGCGACCCUUCCUGGAUCGUCGUGAGCUACUGUAUAAACACUUCCGGGAAAUUGAAGGUCAAUGGAAAUAUGCCACCCGGCUGGACACAAACGACGUAGACGAGUUGCAGCGAUUCCUGGAAGAAGCAGUCAAAGGUAACUGUGAAGGUUUGAUGGUGAAAACCCUCCAGAAGGAGGCCACAUAUGAGAUAGCCAAACGGUCCAGAAACUGGUUGAAAUUAAAGAAAGAUUAUCUUUCGGGAGUUGGCGAUUCACUCGAUCUUGUGGUGAUUGGUGGUUACAAGGGCAGGGGUAAACGGACUGGAACGUACGGUGGAUUUUUGCUUGCCUGUUACGAUGAAGAUAACGAAGAGUAUCAGAGCAUUUGCAAAAUUGGAACGGGCUUUUCCGACGAGGAUCUGCAAAGGCAUACUGACUUCCUGAAAGAACGAAUUAUACCACGGGCUAAGAACUACUAUCGAUACGACUCAGGCCAUGAACCAGAUGACUGGUUCGAACCGGCCCAGGUCUGGGAGGUAUUAUGUGCCGAUCUUUCCUUAAGUCCAGUUCAUCGGGCUGCUCUAGGUAUCAUCGAUGGAGAGAAGGGAAUAUCCCUGCGCUUUCCUAGAUUUAUCCGUAUUCGUGACGACAAAAGUGUUACUGAUGCAACCUCCGCCAAACAGGUGGCCGACAUGUACCUCAGUCAGGAUCAAAUCAAGAACCAACAGAGUGGCAAGCAACGGGAUGUCGAAGAGGACUUUUAUUGAACAGAAGUUGCGAGUAAUUUUUUUUUUAUUCAAAUGAAAUACAUAGUGGAUAGAACAA